AUGAGAGUAGAAGAUAAACCAGGGUGGAUGAGAGCAGAAGAUAAACCAGGGUGGAUGAGAGCAGAAGAUAAACCAGGGUGGAUGAGAGCAGAAGAUAAACCAGGGUGGAUGAGAGUAGAAGAUAAACCAGGGUGGAUGAGAGCAGAAGAUAAACCAGGGUGGAUGAGAGCAGAGGAUAAACCAGGGUGGAUGAGAGAAGAUAAACCAGUGUGGGUGAGAGCAGAAGAUAAACCAGGGUGGAUGAGAGAAGAUAAACCAGGGUGGAUGAGAGCAGAAGAUAAACCAGGGUGGAUGAGAGCAGAAGAUAAACCAGGGUGGAUGAGAGCAGAAGAUAAACCAGGGUGGAUGAGAGAAGAUAAACCAGGGUGGAUGAGAGCAGAAGAUAAACCAGGGUGGAUGAGAGCAGAAGAUAAACCAGGGUGGAUGAGAGAAGAUAAACCAGGGUGGAUGAGAGCAGAAGAUAAAGCAGGGUGGAUGAGAGCAGAAGAUAAACCCGGUGGAUGA